AUGCAACAUGUUUGUGAAACGGCUGGUGUUGGACAUGUAAGAAAAAAAACAAUGACGUCGUUAGUAUGUUUAUCCGAACGAAAUUUUCGUGAUAAAUAUGUUUAUGCAAAUGGAUAUUUAAGUAUAUUAGAUCCAAAUAAAAAGAAAGAUUUUACUAAAUAUGAUGAUACAUUAUGUCGAUUACUUGAAUAUUUACAAGAAAAACCAGAUCAACGUGAUGGUUUAUUUUCUCGUUUAUUAACAAGUGCUCCAUUAAUUACAGAUAAUGCAUUACUUGUACUUAAACGUUAUUGUCAAGAUGAAACGUGUUCUUAUCUUGGUAUGAAUACUUUACGCGAUCUUAUAUUUCGUCGAAUGAAUAUGCGUGAAAAUUUUUUGGAUAUUUUACUUGAUUUUACACAUAAUGAAAAUAUAUCUGUUAGAAAUAAUGCAAUACGUAUUGCUAAAAGUUUACAUGAUAAAGAAGAAUUUAAACAACCAAUUGAACGACAUGCUUUACAAUUUUUGAAACAUUUAACAGCAUCACAACCACCAGAAGCACUUUUUGGUGAAGAUAAAAACACUUCAACAAUACCUAAAAUUCCAGUUCGUGGAAUGGGUAUGAAUAGUCCCGAAUUAUUAAAAUUAGUUGAAAAUUGUCCGAAAGGUGCCCAAACAUUAAUUAUACGUAUUAUUCAUAUACUUACUGAACAAGCUCCACCAUCACCUGCUUUGGUCGAAAAAGUACGAGAUUUAUAUCAUAAACGAGUAUCAGAUGUUCGUUUUCUUAUACCAGUACUUACGGGCUUAGAUAAGUGCAUUACCAAAAUAAUCAAACUAACACAACCAGUAGUGAAAGAAGUUUUUAAUCGACUUUUAGACCUUAAUGCUUCAUCUGAAACAUCACAUGCUAGUCCAAUCGUACCAUUUGAAUUAUUGAUUGCUCUUCAUCAAAUUUCAUCUGAAGAAUGUGAAUUAAAAACUGUUAUGAAUGCUGCAACACUCUGUCUAAAUGAAUGUGCAAUAUAUACUCAUGAUGAUGUUCUUGCUAUUGUUAUUCAACAACUUGUUGAUAUUAAUCCAAUACCCGUUUUGUUUAUGCGAAUGAUUUUACAAGCACUUCGUUUCUAUCCAAAAAUGGUUAGUUUUGUCAUGAAUAUUUUACAACGACUUAUUACAAAACAAGCAUGGAAACAAGCUCGAAUAUGGGAAGGUUUUAUAAAAUGUUGUCAAAAAACUCGACCUCAUUCAUUUCCAUUACUUCUUCAAUUACCACCUCCACAACUUAAACAUGUCUUUCAAACAACACCUGAAUUACGUGAUAUGGCACAACGUUCAUUAAUAGCAUCAUCAAUGUUAACAGUUAUUGAAGAUAAUUCAGAAAAUGUUGCAUUAGAAAUUCGUAUACAAACGAUACCAACAACGACGUCAUCUAUGGAACAAUAA